GUUGUUAUUAUUUUGGGAGAAAAAACUUGAACGAACCAAGGAAAAAUUACAUUACAACGGAAACGGUGAUAUAGAUUCUAAGGCGAGAUCCAUCGCAAAUUGCAGUGUGUGCAACUUCACCGAAUCACAAAUUCAACAAUUGAUUCAAUUCAAUUCCAAUUCAAAUAUCCUUCUAAACUCAGAUUCAUCAAUUCGAUUUGAAUCAUCAUGUGGAGCACCAUUGCCAAUUUGAAGGAGAAUUUGAAUCAGAUCGCUCUCGAUGUUCACAACGAUGAUGAUGACGAAGACGACAUCGUUUCUUACGCAAUCCCUAACGACGGCGAGAGUCCUUCCGUCUCCGAUCGCCGGAAUUCUCGUGGCUCCACGCGUUCCAAUUCGAUUCCUAGGUCGCCGAUCCCAAACGGAAUUGCAGAUCAUCCCUAUUCUUCUGAGAUAGAACAAUAUAGAGCAGAAAUCAAAAGACUUCAGGCAUCUGAAGCAGAGAUUAAAGCACUAUCAGUUAAUUAUGCUGCGCUAUUAAAAGAAAAAGAGGAUCACAUCAUUAGACUGAAUAAAGAAAAUGGCUCCUUAAAACAGAAUUUAGAGGCUACAAGUCCUGCUUCUUCAAAUGGCAAUCACAGAGUCAAGGGAAGCAGUGACCAGUCAUCUAAUCGACAACAUAGGUCCGCAACUCAAAUGAAAAACCGUUAUACUACAAACAACGGAACCAUGUCUAAUUUGGAAUCCAAUGCAAUUCCAAGUAAGAUGGUAUCCAAUCAUUCCAACUUACAAGUAAAGGACAAGGAGCUAGCAGAUUUGGUAGAAGGAAAAAACAGCCCCACAGCAGCAGCACAAGUACAACAUACUCAUGACACAAGAAAACUGAAGCUGGAAUUGGAGCAAGAACGAGAUAAAUUGGAAAACAUUCAGCUACAAUUCCAGGAGGAACAGAAAUUGAACAAGUCUUUCCAAGAGGAGCUGAAAUUAUUAAAGUUGGAACGAGACAAAACUACAACUGAGGUGAGGCAAUUACACAAAGAAUUGAAUGAAAAAGUAUCAGAAAUAAAGCGUCUGCAAUUGGAGUUGACUAGACAGAGAAGCAAAGAAGCAAGUAAUGCUAUGGAUAGCUCAAAAAGACUAAUCGAAACAUUAGAGAAGGAAAACACCACUCUUAAGAUGGAAAAAAGUGAACUUGAGGCUGCAGUCAAAGCGAGCAGCGCCAGUGAUUUGUCAGAUCCUUCCAAAAGUUUCCCUGGAAAAGAAGACAUGGAAAUAUCCUUACAGAAGAUGAGUAAUGAUUUGAAGAAAACACAACAGGAGAGGGACAAAGCCGUACAAGAAUUGACCCGCCUUAAACAGCAUUUGUUAGAAAAGGAAAACGAAGAGUCGGAAAAAAUGGACGAGGAUACCAAAGUCAUUGAAGAACUACGGGAUAGCAACAAUUACUUAAGGGCUCAAAUAUCACAUCUCGAGAGAGCUCUGGAGCAAGCAACUUCAGAUCAAGAGAAACUGAAAUCUGCAAACAACAGUGAAAUUCUGACGUCCAGAGAAGUCAUUGAUGACUUGAACAAAAAGCUUACAAACUGUAUAAGCACAAUAGAUGCCAAAAAUAUUGAACUAAUAAAUCUGCAGACAGCUCUCGGACAGUAUUAUGCUGAAAUUGAAGCUAAGGAACAUUUAGAAGAAGAGUUGGCUCGUGCAAGGGAAGAAACGGCUAAUCUUUCUCAACUGUUGAAAGAUGCAGAUUCCAGAGUGGAUAUAUUGAGUGGUGAAAAAGAAGAAAUUUUAGCCAAGCUUUCUCAAUCUGAGAAAGUACAGUCAGAAUGGAGAAGUAGAGUAAGCAAGCUUGAGGAAGAAAAUGCUAAAUUGAGGCGAGCUCUUGAACAAAGUAUGACACGGCUAAAUAGAAUGUCGGUGGAUUCUGAUUUUCUUGUUGACAGGCGCAUUGUGAUAAAACUCCUUAUUACUUAUUUCCAGAGAAACCACAGCAAAGAGGUUUUGGACUUGAUGGUUCGCAUGCUGGGAUUUUCUAACGAGGACAAGCAAAGGAUAGGCCUUGCUCAACAAGGUCCAGGGAAAGGUGUUGUCCGUGGUGUUCUUGGUUUGCCUGGCCGCCUGGUCGGAGGUAUCUUAGGAGGAAGUUCAACUGAAUCAGCUGUAAAUGUUGGAUCUGAUAACCAGUCCUUUGCAGAUAUGUGGGUUGAUUUUCUUCUCAAGGAAACAGAAAAGAGAGAGUUGUCAGGAAGUACAGGUGAAUCUAUGGGUGAUUUACGUGAUAAUAGUACAAGUACUAAUUCUGCUUCUUCACCACUUUCCAGUCAGAGGUUUAGUACUGGAGCUGCAUCAAUUAGCUCGCCUACUAAUAAUCAGAACACGAGUCCUAUCUCACAUGGAUAUUUUCAGCAUUCUGAACAAAUUGGUUCAGAAUUCUCGACAGUUCCCCUUACAUAUUCAGAUAGCAAAACAACUAGUUCAAAACUUUUUCCCAGACACUAAAUAUUAUUUUUAAUGUAAUUAAUUAAUCAAAGGUAGAUAUCAUUGUUAUAUUAUAGGCACGCAAUCUUUUUUUGAGAGCAUAUAGGCAUGUAAUCGUGUUCGAUCAAUUAUUUAACUUGAAAAUUGACUGUAUGUUAUUCACAAGUGUGACAAUUUUUUUCAAUGCUUUCUUCAUCUCCUGUGGGAUACUUGCAUAA